AAGCUCCAACAGGAUUUUCAAAAGCUUGUUCAAACUUAAGAUCAAUAAUUUGAACACUAAUAAUUCUUAUCAAGCUUAGUUCAAUCAGACUAAAACUCGAUGUGGCUGAGAUCAUUUACUACCCUCUUUACGAAGGCCUUAUCUUGAUGGAGAAAGAACUAGAAUGUUUUCCAAAAAUCAUAUACCAAUGUACAUAGAUACACACUAUAAACAAUUUUCCAACAAAAGUUCUUUCCCCAUAAAUUGAAAUCUAAAAAUCACCAAAUAAAAAUGCAACCUAACUAACUUUCAAAAAAAUACUUCCCACUAAAAAUGGCUGUUACAACCCUUUGCUCUCGAAGCAGAGCAGCUUCCACCAUCUUCUUCCGCUUCAUUCAUGGCGCUUCUUCCCGCCAUUCUCUCCCGAUUUCAUCGGACUCGGCACCUGCGUCCCCCGAUGACAUUAACGAUAUCUCUCGAGUUCUCAGCGACUUCCGGGGGCCUCAGCACGACAUUGAGUCUGCUCUUACCCCAUUUUCUUCAAAACUCUCUACAAAUUUGGUUGAGCAAGUAUUGAAAAGAACCAAAAAUCUGGGGUUUUCUGCUCACAGAUUCUUUCUUUGGGCUAAAAAAUUGCCGGGUUUUCAACCUGAUGUUCAUAGUUAUAGGAUUCUUAUUGAUGUUUUGGGUAGUAGUAAGCAAUUUCCUCUGAUUUGGGAUUUGCUUUCUGAGGUGAAAUCAGGGGAAAAUUUUGAAUUGUGCCCAGAAAUUUUCUGGGUUAUUUUUGGUGCUUAUUGUAGAGCAAAUUUACCAAAUGAUGCGAUUCGAGCUUUUAAUCGAAUGAAUGAAUUCGGACUCGAGCCGAGUUUGAAUGAUUUGGAUCAUCUGUUGUAUUUGUUGUGUAGGAAGAAAUUUGUCAAAGAUGGGCAGGAGUUUUUUGAUAGGAUUAAGGGUAAAUUUGAUCCAAGUGUGAAAAGUUAUACGAUUUUGAUCAGGGGUUGGGGUGAUGUUGGUAAUUCUGAGGAAGCACGCAAGGUGUUUGAUGAAAUGCUUGAGAGAGGUUGUGUAGUGGAUGUUCCUGCUUAUAAUAGUUUGUUGGAGGCCUUGUGUAAUGGAGGGGAUUUGGAUGAGGCGUAUGCUAUGUUUAGAGCGAUGGAAUCCAAGGGACUUGCUCCGGAUGCUUGUACUUAUUCGAUAUUUAUUCGUUCUUAUUGCAAAAGAGAUAACAUUCACUCGGUUUUUAGGGUGCUUGAUAGAAUGAAGAGAUAUGAGUUGGUGCCUAAUUUAUAUACUUAUAAUUGUAUCAUUAAGAAGUUAUGUUCGAUUGAGAAGGUUGAAGAUGCGCACCAACUUUUGGAUGAGAUGAUAGAAGGUGGGGUAAGUCCGGACACAUGGAGUUACAAUACAAUCAUGGCUUUCCAUUGUGAUCGUAAUGAGGUUAACAGAGCUGUCAGAUUGCUUUCUAGAAUGGAGAAGGAGAACUGUAAGCCAGAUCGGCAUACAUGGAAUAUGUUGCUUAAAAUGUUAAUUAGAGUGGGGAGAUUUGAUAAGGUUGAAGAGGUGUGGGGUAGCAUGCCACGAAAGGGGUUUUAUCCUUCAGUUUCUACUUAUGCUGUAAUGAUCCAUGGUUUUCUUAAGAAGAAAGGCAAGCUAGAUGACGCGAUUAAAUACUUUGAGAUGAUGAUUGAUGAAGGCAUCCCACCUUACUCUUCGACUAUUGAGCAGUUGAGGAACCGCUUUGUGGGAUGGGGUAUGAUGGAGAAGGUAGAGAUACUGGCUGAUAAAAUGGAGGCAAGUAGUUCUUCCUCUAUAAAAGAACUGUCGAAAACAAUGAGAGGACAUAGGUCUCAUCGGAGAAGACGGAGGAGGGAAGAUGAAAGCUCAGAAUCUAGUGAAGAGGAAUGGCCUUUUAUGCCUGAUGCUUCAUGAGUGCAUGAUGCAAUUCUGAAUUUCUUUAGUUUGCAGCUGGUAUUUCCUACCAUCCGCUCUUGUUUGGUCAUUGAACUGUAACUGAUAAUAUCAUCCUCCAUCUUUUCUCAGUUUUGACAGAAAAUGAGGAAGAGGGCCGGGGCAUUCUAGUUUCUGUCACGUUGUUGGAGAUAUUGCUACAUAAUUCUGUUAGCAACCAUGAACGUCUUAUUUACUAUUGCUGCCUUUCCUCAGAGGUGCUACAUUUUUCUGUGAGCACAUCUCUUCUGAUAUGUGAUUCUGUAUGUGAACGAAUCUCUUCUGCGGAGUGCUACAUAUUUCCAAGUUCUGUAAGCAACAAUCUGUCUAAAUAUCUAGGCUAAUUGAUGAUGAUGAUGUGACCCUGAAUACAAUAUGAAGUUGCCAGCUAACAUACAGAAGAACAACACAACAUCAAUAUGAGCAUUUACAUGGGUUUGAAGUUAAAAAAUGAUGUGAUUGAGUUUGAUUUAAUGUGCUAUUUUACUUAAGAGGGAGCUUAUGGAUGAUGUCUUUUGUAACUGUAUUUUGUGAGGGAAAAUUUUUCACUGUGGUGCUUCAUUGCUCCUAUGUGAAUUUUUGACUUAUGUACGGGGUAUCCUUCUGAUAUAAUCUACUUCCUAUUAAACGACAUUAGUUUGACAUUUGUUGUUGAUUCAAUGUUUGAGUGGAACACUUCUGUAGUUCUUUUGGUUCAAAGUUCAAAUGUAUACAAUGAAUCAGAGGACAUAAAACCUAUCUUUCUAUCAUGAACAAUAUGGUGACAGACCAGAAAAUGAUCCACAACCUUCCCAAGCUUUAAGAACCUGCAAU